UCUCCAUCUUUUCUUCCAGUUUCUAUCUCUAGCAGCAAUAAUCUUUUCUUUUCCUUAGCUCGUAUCUAUUCUCUUGUUCAGAAAGAAGUCUAUUCUCAAAACUGUUCCUCUCUUUACUGGAACGGCUGCCAAAAUAAAUGAAUGGUAGCAGCUCAGAUAGUCGUAAUUUUGCAAGCGAAGCAAGCUUAACUUUAAUAGAUCACCGUAGCAGCCCAACAGCGAAACAAAGCGCAUCAAUGCUUCUAUUAUUAUAGUAUAUCCAAACACAUACGGAGUAAUCACUUACAAGACAUUGCGAUAAUCCGAAGUUCAAACUAUCCAGAAAUGUGGCAAAAUUCUAUGCGCUCGUCAACUGAAGAUCGAGAUAGCUGCUUUGUUGAUGUCGAUGGUUCCUGUUCGAGAUUAUCCCAAGUUCAACUCUCUAAGUUGACUAUCCUUGUAAUAUACUAUAUAAUAUAUAUCCAAACACAUAAUACAAGAGUAGUCACCCACAAAACACUGCGAUAGUCAGAAGUUUAAACUGUGCAGUAAUGUGGAAUCUCCAACUUCUAUGUGCUCUGCAAUCAAAGAUCGCUUGUCUUUCAUUCUCUAGACCAAGUCAGUAGCUAGUCAUGUGCUGGUGUACCAAGUCCCCCUUUUCAAAGAGAAGAUGCAUGUGGUGUACCAGAAAUACGGUAGAGCUUACAAGUAGAUGAAAUAAUGUACUCCACAUGUGGGAUGUGUCUACAUCAACCUGUCUAUCAAAUAUUGUAUUCCACGUCAUAAUCUUUGUGACAAUGUCAACGUAACUGACAUCAGUACAGCUCAUCUAUGAUUAUUUAGUGUGCAAAUUGUGAAGAUAGCGGAGGAUGCAAUUUUUUUCCCAAAACGGAGGCAAAAGAUUUCCCUUGCCUAUUAGUUUAGCAAAAGAGAGUUGCUUAGUUAAUUAGCGGAAAACCGGACUAAAACUGUCAUAAACCGCCAAGCGGCACAUACAUGAGACGCCACUCACACUAAAAAAAUGAGGGCCUCGUCAAGAUACCACUUCGACAUCAUCCGCAACAAGUCAUUGCUCUCCCUAAUCACCGAGCAAGCGACUCCGACUUUGUCGAAGAUGAACUUCGACCCAACCCUCACUAUGGAGGCCGUGUGAAAGCACAAGAAGACCCGUGCCAGACCUAGCCACCCGCACCGAGGGUAGUGCAGCUCCGCUCUGAUGGAGAGCUCUAAAAGGAGAACUAUGCACGGUUGGGGCCGUAGAAGAUUACUGAGCAGACGGACUAUUGCCUGUCCAGUCACUACAAGGCCCCGCCGCCACAACUUCGACUUUACCGUAAGAAAACAACUCGAGGUAAUCCCAUGGACAUGCCGGAGAAGAGCCGACUACCGCAACCAUUGCCACACCUCCGACUUUGCUCGCCUCUGCCAUCGUUGUCACAGAAGCCUCCACAUCAACACCGACGCCUUCCCCUAGUCCCACUUGCCGAUCCCGAGCUCCAAGGACGAAGCCCUCGAGAGGGGAAACAACGACAAGGCGCCGCAAUCUCUCGAUAACACAUGAUCUAGGGUUUCCCCUGGAGCCGGAUCCAUGUGGGAGGUAUGCAGCAACAACGCAACAAUGCCUCCAAGAAGGUCUACGACGCCUGUAGCCGCCGCCAUCAUGGGUCACAGACCCAAUGCCAUGACAAGGUCUUCACCCAAGCUCCCAACAAGCCCAACCCGCACAUGAACUUAUCCGGCCAUAUAUUUGACCAUGCAAGUUUAAUUAAUAUAGUCAUGCAAGUUGAAUUGCAAGAUUUGACUUUGCAGGAAACGGAACAUGAACUUAUCCAGACAUAUAUUAAAAAUAAUAAUCAACACCAUCUACAAUAUAUUACUCUCUUCGGACCAAGAGUUCCCCUCGCAUUUUUCGGCCUAACAUUAGUUACCAAUUUAAUCAAUAAAAUACUCCCUCCGUCCGAAAAAGCUUGUCUAUCUUGAUGCUAAAUACAUCCAUUUGAGGGACAAGCUAUUUCAGACGGAGAGAGUAUAGUUAUAAUAGAUUCUCUGAGUCGCCUACGAGAUACUGUGUCGUGGCAAAAUCGGCACAACAUUUGUGAGCACCUUCGAGAUACUCAGCCGACAAAACAUUUUGAGAUUGAUAAAAUCACCACAAACGUCUCAUAGCUAGUGGACGGGAACGUCUUCUUUCACUGAACGAACAUCUUGAGAAAGGCUAAAAUAAAUCAAGAAACAUGCGACAGCCAAUGUCAAGUCUAAGACUUCAACCUUGCUGGGCUGGUUCCACCACAAGGAACCUAACCAUCCGAGCUACGCUCAGUUCACCCUUACUAGCUUUGUUAGUUGCACAAAUAUUUUAAAUGAUAAUGUGGUAGGUAGUAUUUUUUGUAUUUUAGGAAUAAAUAACAACUGAAAAUGAAGGUGCAAGUACAAGUUGUUGAAAGUGUUUUCUUAUGCUAAUAUUUUAAGAAUAAAUAAAAAUGGUACUACAUUGACAACGCAGUUUUACUGGCGCUAGGGUGCUGUCAUUGCAUCAUUUUCAGACUAUGUACUCUAUACUGAUCACAUGCAGUCUGGUUGAAGAAAAAUGAAUAUGGGCGACGUCGGCUGCUAGCUGGAUCAAUGAAAACCCAGAGAAUUAGAAAAUGAAAUGGAUUGCUGGGCUUCUUCCGUCAGUCGAAGCACGGAUGGUUGACUCCGUGGCCAGUGGCUACUACAUCUACAAGUACUCGUCCAACUGACACUAGCGUUGAGCUGUCUCCAGCCCCGGCCUUGCAGAAUCGCCUCUUAGUCAAACCAGAGCUCUGCACGCAGUUGAAUAUGCCAGGAGGGGGAGGAGCUCUGGCGGUGGACGGCGCCGUCGCCGGCGCGGCCUCCGGCUACAGCAGCGAGAUCACGUUCACAGUGGUGAUGAGCUGCCUCAUGGCGGCCUCCGGGGGGCUCAUUUUCGGCUACGACAUCAGUAUUACAGGUGGGUUGACGCAGAUGCGGUCGUUCUUGGAGGCCUUCUUCCCGGAGAUCAUCGAGAAGAUGGACAACGCGCAGCAGGACGCCUACUGCAUCUUCGACAGCCAGGUGCUCACCACCUUCGUCUCCUCGCUCUACCUCGCUGGCGUCUUCGCCUGCCUGGUCGCCGGUCACGUCACGAGGAAGGUGGGGAGGAGGAACUCCAUGCUCAUCGGCGCCUCGUUCUUCCUAGUCGGCGCCAUCCUCAACUGCGCCGCCGUCAACAUCUACAUGCUCGUCAUUGGCCGCAUCUUCCUCGGCUUCGCCGUUGGCUUCACCAACCAGUCCGCACCUGUGUACUUGGCGGAGAUCGCGCCGGCGCGGUGGCGCGGGGCGUUCACGAGCAUCUUCCACUUCUUCCUCAAUGUGGGGAUGUUCGUGGCCGACCUGGUCAACUACCGUGCCAACACAAUCCCAGGGUGGGGCUGGCGCCUCUCCCUCGGCGUUGGCAUCAUCCCGGCCGUCGUCAUCCUCGUAGGAGCCGUCUUCAUCCCGGACUCACCCAACAGCCUCGUGUUGCGCGGGAAAGUCGACGAGGCCCGCCACUCACUGCGUCGGAUCCGCGGGCCGGCCGCUGACGUUGACGUCGAGCUCAAGGACAUCAUGCGCGCCGCGGAGGAGGGCGGCCGACACAAAUCCGGUGCGUUUCGACGCAUCCUGCUGCGCGAGUACCGGCCCCACCUGGUCAUGGCGAUCUUCAUCCCGCUCUUCUUCGAGCUGACGGGUAUGAUCGUGGUCACGCUCUUCGCGCCGCUCCUCUUCUUCACCAUCGGGUUCACGAGCCAGAAGGCCAUUCUCGGCUCCAUCAUCACCGACGUCGUCAGCCUGGCGUCCAUCUCCGUGGCCGCGCUCUCUGUCGACCGCUUCGGCCGCCGCUUCCUCUUCAAGCUGGGCGGCGGCGUCCUGCUCGUGUGCCUGGUAGGGAUGACGUGGAUCUUCGGCGCGGAGCUGGGCACCAACGGCGGGAAGGCGAUGCCGAGGCCCUACGCGGUGGCCGUGGUGGCGUUGGUGUGCCUCUUCGUGGCUGGGUUCGGCAUCUCCUGGGGGCCGCUCAAGUGGAUCAUCCCCAGCGAGAUCUUCCCGCUCGAGGUGAGGUCCGCGGGGCAGAGCAUGAGCGAAUCCAUCUCGCUCACGCUCACCUUCGUGCAGACGCAGUCCUUCCUCGCCAUGCUUUGCAGCUUCAAGUAUGGCUCCUUCGCCUACAACGCCGCUUGGGUCGUCGUCAUGACGGCAUUCAUCAUCGCCUUCCUUCCAGAGACCAAGGGCGUGCCCAUAGAGGCCAUGGGCGCGGUCUGGGCACGCCAUUGGUACUGGAAGCGCUUCGUCAAACCGGCACCGGAGCCAACGCCCACACCCGACAAACAUGCCGACGGGUCGCUUGAAAUGUAAGAGGCCUUGGCGUGGUUUGACUUGUCCAGCUGUAAUAUACUGUACCAACUUUUUUUUUGAGGGAGUAACAACACCAACUCUGGUUACUAGACUUCCACAACAAGUAGUGUGUGCGUUUAUUCAAGGAGAAAAUGUACAGUAGCAUCAAUUGUCAAAGGUUGAUGGCCCUUCGUUUUCACGUGGUCUAUUUUCGAAAAAGGAAUACGGUAGAAGCUGUUAACCAGAGGUGUACUUAUCAUAGUAUAGUGACAGUAUUGGUGUGGUACAACACUUUGAAGAUGUACAUAUAAGUGUUUUUAUACUAUUUCACUUGUGCCUCAUGGUAAAGUUUGGAAAA